UUAAGGGGUUUUAGUUUUAGGGUUUCUCAUUCAUCAAUCGAAGCUUGUGAGACUUCAGAGAGACAAAAGAAAAAAGAAAAAGAUGGAUUCGUACUCUGCGCCGCCGAUGGGAGGUGUUUCGCCAUCGCCUGAAGCAAUGAUGGAACAGGUCAAGACACAACUCGCUCAAGCUUACGCCGAAGAGUUCAUCGAGACUCUGAGGGGAAAAUGUUUCGAAAAGUGUAUAACGAAGCCAGGAUCAAGCCUAGGAGGGAGUGAGAGUAGCUGUGUUUCUAGAUGCGUUGAUCGUUACAUUGAAGCUACUGGAAUCAUAAGUCGAUCUCUUUUCUCCAAACAACACUGAUGAUCAAAUAGUUUACUAUCUCUUCUUUUCUUAUGAUUUUAUUUAUAUCAAAAAACAAAAUGUUUUAUUCAAGAUUAGAAGAAGACAGCAAAAUUUACAUUGGUUUAAUAGUUGAGAGAGAUUUGCAACUAUCAACUUGUUUUUAUUCGAGAAUGGUUUCUGUGUUGUUGUCGUUAAGUGGUUAAUUUAAAAACAUGUUUCAGUGA